CAAACUUCUCACCAGCUAGUCAUAUGAUCGACACGAAAAAGGGCGAGUCCGAUUUCAACUUUGACGUAUCCGUAUUUCAAUUGAAGUAAUUGUGAAGUAAACGGCUAAAAUGAAGGGUUGUAUGUUCAACAUCGAUGGAGGAUAUUUAGAAGGUCUUUGUCGCGGAUUCAAGUGUGGAAUUCUUCAACAAAGUGAUUAUCUUAAUCUUGUACAAUGUGAAACUCUUGAAGAUCUGAAACUACAUUUGGCUGGUACAGAUUAUGGUAGUUUUUUAGCUAACGAGCCAUCACCACUGUCUGUCAGUGUGAUUGAUGAUAAAUUAAGAGAAAAGCUCGUUGUGGAAUUUCAACACAUGCGCAACCAUUCUGUAGAACCGCUAUCACAAUUUUUAGAUUUCAUUACUUAUAGUUACAUGAUCGAUAACAUUAUUUUACUAAUUACUGGAACUUUGCAUCAAAGACCAAUUUCAGAACUGAUUCCUAAGUGCCACCCUCUUGGCAGUUUUGAACAAAUGGAAGCCAUUCAUGUAGCAGCUACGCCUGCUGAGCUUUAUAAUGCUGUUUUAGUGGAUACUCCUUUAGCACCUUUCUUUGUGGAUUGUAUUUCUGAACAAGACUUAGAUGAAAUGAAUAUAGAAAUAAUCAGAAAUACGUUAUAUAAAGCUUAUUUGGAAGCAUUUUAUAAGUUUUGUAAAGAAAUUGGUGGAACAACUGCAGAUACAAUGUGUGAAAUACUUGCGUUUGAGGCUGAUAGACGAGCGAUUAUUAUAACUAUUAAUUCAUUUGGAACCGAAUUGGGUAAAGAUGAUAGAGCAAAAUUGUAUCCACGUUGCGGUAAAUUGAAUCCAGAUGGAUUAGCUGCACUGGCAAGGGCUGACGAUUAUGAACAAGUCAAAGCUGUAGCUGAAUAUUUUGUUGAAUAUAGUGCCCUAUUUGAAGGUGCAGGUAAUAAUCCUGGUGAUAAAACUUUAGAAGAUAAAUUUUUUGAACAUGAGGUUCGCUUAAACGUUCAUGCUUUCCUUCAACAAUUUCACUUUGGAGUAUUUUACAGUUAUCUUAAAUUAAAGGAACAAGAAUGUCGUAAUAUCGUAUGGAUAGCGGAAUGUGUUGCACAAAAGCAUCGUGCUAAAAUAGAUAAUUACAUUCCAAUUUUUUAAUAAGUUUCUCGAUAUUUUGUUGAUCAUUUAUAUUUAACUAUGCAACAAUAUCAUACACAAAAAGUAAACUUUCAUUUUUAUUUUUAUUUCUUGAUUGUGAAUAACUAAUAAUUCUACAGUAUUUCAUAUCAUGGAUAAAAAGGAAGUGUAAACUGAUAAAAAUAUAUAAUUAUUUAAUUAAUUAAAAUAAAAAUGACUAUGUGUCUAGCCAAACUGAACAGAUGUAAUUAUUUAGUAUUAUUGUCAUACAUAACAAGAGUUUACAUCAUAUAAAUGUACAUAGUGUAUUUUAUUGUAGAUCAGUAUAUAUUAUGUUUGAUAUUAUCUGAUGUUGUAAUUAUUGACUCUAUUGUAAUAUAAAAUAAUAUAUAAUGCAUUCCAUAGGUUUAAAAUAUUAAAUUCAAAUAAUAAUAUCUUAUAAAUUAAA